GGGUCUUAUGGCAGUUUCCAGAGAAAGAGAACCACUCCUUAAGUGUUGUGCAAAGCUACCCAUAUAUUCACUAUGAAAGCCUUUCCAAAAUCUCAGUCAAUGUUAAUCGCAGACUCAGCAAACUCCGCUACUAAUGUAUGGUUUAUGCUGCUUGUAAUGCUUUCUUUCAUCUACUUCGCUUCUGGAAUACAGAUGGGAGGUAGUGCAGGAUCGCUAAUAGAUGGUGACAGUGAAUACGAAACGCAAACCAGCCGGAACACCAAAGUGCCAGGUAGAACCAAAAAAUUGCCCACAGGGCCAAUUUUUAAUAGCUCAAUGUCUAAUUUAGCAAAGCUACUUGCGGUCUUUUCGCUCAUCUACUUCGCUGCUGGAAUACGAAUGGGAGGCUAUGCAGGAGGUAUUUCCUAUGGUGAUGACGAUCCAGUCGGCCUCAAUUCCAAAGCGCUAAAGAUGGGAGGUAAUGAAGGAUCUAUCCCUUUUCGCCACCCGAAUGCUGAUAACAAAUAUCGAAAAGCAACCGACGGAAACAUCAAAGUGUCAGGAAGGCGCGGAAGGAGAAUGCGAGGAAAAGCCGGAAAGUUGACUAAUAAAGAAGCUGGAAAGACGAAAAAACCUAAAUUGGUCAAUAUUACCAUGGAAGGAAGACUCCUACCCAUCGAAAUUGAUUUGGACUAGAAAG